UCUGCGUGGCCAGUUGCCAUGGGCACCCAAACCCUGAGUGGCCCAACUCCUGGAAUGGCCUCUAACUCGCGCUAUCCAAAUCCUGGCCCCAUUCAGCGGCCACCAGCAGCCCAGGGCUCUGGCAGCAGUGGCAGUCAUCGUGGUGGCCGUGGCCAGUCACAGGGCCAGCAGCAGCAGUCUCAGCAGAGGAGCUCCAACCCCCCCAGCUCAGCCCAACAGGCCAAGUUGAGGGCAGAUGCUUUGAGCACCACUCAGGCAUUCUUCAAUCGGGAAGCUGGAAAAUCAGAGAAGAAAGGAGAAGACAAGCAAGCAGAGUCAAUUUCAUCCACCAAGGAGGAGCUUUCAGUUGACAAGGUGUCAGCUACACCCUCCACAGCAGCUGAUGGCCAGCCAAAAUGAAGCCUCAUGUGAUUGCGGAGGCUUCUGUGAAAAACGAAGCGAGGCAUUUAGCUGUCCUAAAGUGCAGGUGGUAUUCAAUGGACCGUGUAUCAUGAUGGUGACGAAGUUUGAAUUUAUUUUUUCUUCCUUAUUUUAAAAGAUCAUGUUUUAAUUAUCCAUAAAGUUAUUCUUUCUUUUUUUUAUUACCAUUAUUUUUUCUUAAGACGAGAAAGUUCUUAUCUUUGGAAGAAGAUUUAUAUCAGUAAUGAAAAAAAAAAAAAA